UUUUGUGAAGAUGGCGGCGAGUACGUGAAUGGCUGAAGAGGACCUGAGCAACAAAAAUUUUCAUUCCAUUAUAUAUUCUUUUCUGACGCCGUUUAAUAUAUAUUACGAUCCGAUGAACGAAUGUUUCAAUAUAGUAACAAGUUAAGUAGAUUUUCUAAAAAGAAGUAUUAGGAUGGUAAUAUGACACAGAGCAAAAAGAAGAAACGGGCGAAUCGCAGUCUUCUGCUGGCUAAAAAAAUCAUCAUCAAGGAUGGAGGGACAUCACAAGGCUUCGGGUCGCCCAGUGUUUACCAUGCCGUCAUCGUCAUCUUCCUGGAGUUCUUCGCGUGGGGUCUCCUCACUGCUCCUACGCUGGUGGUCCUCCACGAGACCUUCCCUAAGCACACGUUUCUAAUGAAUGGCCUGAUUCAGGGAGUUAAGGGCCUGCUGUCGUUUCUGAGCGCUCCUUUAAUCGGGGCUCUAUCAGAUGUGUGGGGGCGGAAGUCCUUCCUGCUGCUCACUGUGUUCUUUACCUGCGCCCCCAUCCCGCUCAUGAAGAUCAGCCCGUGGUGGUACUUUGCGGUCAUCUCUGUGUCCGGGGUGUUUGCCGUUACGUUCUCGGUGGUGUUUGCCUACGUGGCAGACAUCACACAGGAGCAUGAGAGAAGCAUGGCAUACGGCCUGGUGUCUGCCACUUUUGCGGCGAGUCUGGUGACGAGCCCGGCGAUCGGGGCGUACCUGGGCCGUGUGUAUGGGGACAGCCUGGUGGUGGUGCUGGCGUCGGCCAUCGCCAUGCUGGAUAUCUGCUUCAUCCUGGUGGCCGUGCCGGAGUCGCUGCCCGAGAAGAUGAGGCCCGCCUCCUGGGGAGCGCCCAUCUCAUGGGAGCAGGCUGACCCCUUCGCCUCUCUGAGGAAAGUGGGGCAGGACUCAACAGUGCUGCUGAUCUGUAUAACGGUGUUCCUGUCUUAUCUACCUGAGGCCGGACAGUACUCCAGCUUCUUCCUCUACCUGCGACAGAUCAUGGACUUCUCUCCAGAGAGUGUGGCCGCCUUCAUCGCUGUGCUGGGUCUGCUGUCCAUCGUCGCACAGACGGUGGUGUUGAGUCUGCUGAUGCGCUCCAUUGGGAACAAGAACACCAUCUUACUGGGACUGGGCUUCCAGAUACUGCAGCUGGCCUGGUAUGGGUUCGGAUCAGAACCCUGGAUGAUGUGGGCGGCGGGAGCAGUGGCCGCCAUGUCCAGCAUCACUUUUCCUGCAGUGAGCGCGCUGGUGUCCCGCACCGCUGACCCUGACCAGCAAGGCGUAGGCCAGGGCAUGGUCACAGGGAUCCGUGGGCUGUGUAACGGUUUGGGUCCUGCUCUGUACGGUUUCAUCUUCUACAUCUUCCACGUGGAACUGGACGAGGCUCCCGACGAGGGAAUGGACACACAUCGUGCACACCAUCACCAACAGAGUGCCAUAAUCCCUGGCCCCCCUUUCCUGUUUGGGUCGUGCUCUGUCCUGCUGGCCCUGUUGGUGGCGCUGUUUAUCCCAGAGCACCCCCACAUGGGCGUGUCGCGUGGGGGCAGCUGGAAGAAGCACACGUCCCCCCACAGCCACCCUCACUCUGCCCAGCCCCCCGGAGAGGCCAAGGAACCACUGCUGCAGGACUCCAACGUCUGACACACACUGACACACACACACACACACACACACACACACACACACACACACACACACACACAGAACGCCAACAACCCCAAAGCCAAAACUAGAUGUCCCCACAGAUCUGCCCCCACCAGGUUCAGCACAGGGGCAACUCUCCUGCUGCUGGACACUGACGUCUGCCCCUCUCUCCCCCACAAAGCCAAACCCUCCUGCCCCCCCUGCCCCCAGCACAGGGGCUCUCCUCUCCCUGGACCUGGCGACACAAUCAGGCCUGGAUAGCAGCUAGGGGGCCGGACCCAGCUGGGCCAAACCUCCACCGGACCUCCACCGGAUCUCUCCCAUGGCCUGCUGCUGUGUGUGUGUGUGUGUGUGUGUGUGUGUGUGUGUGUGUGUGUGUGUGUGUGAGAGUGUGUGUGUGUGUGUGGGGGGUGGGGAGCAGGCGUGGGGGGCAGAGAGGGAGGGAGCCAACACCAAGCGAUAUCAUGAGCAUAGCACCACUUUUUCUAAUGAGAUGAAUGCUGUACAUAGAGGCGCGGAUAUAUAAUGGCGGCUGCGUUUAAAGGCACUAUUAUAACGGCUUGUAUUUAUUUCUUUUAUUCUGUUCGUUUACGGUCAUUAUGCCUUUUAAAUGUGGUCAUUCAUGUCAUGAGAUUCUCCACUGAUGCAUAGCCCUCAGGGACUCAGAAGUGUGUGUGUGUGUGUGUGUGUGUGUGUGCGUGUGUGUGUGUGUGUGUGUGUGUGCGUGUGUGUGUGUG